AUGUCAGAAGGUGAACCUUUAACAUCAAAUGUCAGACCAGCUACGGAUGCACUCAUAACGAUAAGAAUUGUAAAAUCAUUCCCAUAUAGAAACGUUAAAAAUUUAAUACUAAAAGAUAUAGAUUUAAAAGCGACAACUCCGAAACAACUAUUAGAAGUAGUAAUAAACAAUAUAAAUACAAAUGGUAGUCUAAGACCAUUUAGAAAUGUUGAAUAUGAUUCAUUGAAGAUAUAUACAAAAGCUCAUGGUUCAAAAUCAAUGAAUUUAGUAAUAAAUUUUGAAAAUGAUGAUGAUUGGGUCAUCUUGAAACAAAAUAAAGAAGUCGAAGACAAAUCUCUCUGGGAAUUAGGUGUACAAAAUGAAACUGAAAUAAGUUUAUUCAAUUGGAAUGCUUACGCUGAGUUUAAAGAAAAUCCAGAGGAAAAAUGGUGA